AUGGCGAUCUGUACUUAUAACGCACGUACGCUUGCAUCGGAAGCGGCCAUCGAAGAUCUGAAGAUGCAAGCCAAGAAGAUCAAGUACGACGUCAUCGGACUGACCAAGACGAGACGACGUCACCCUCUCAACGCCGUAUAUGAAACUGGAGAAGAACUGUUCAUAGGAACAUGCGACAGUAGAGGUGUUGGUGGAGUUGGCGUCCUCGUCAACACGAGUAUGGCAAAGAACAUCGACUCUUUCGAACAACGUACGAUCCGAAUCGGACGUCUGCGGAUGAGAAGAUGUGGUCCAACACCAGCUUUGACUAUCUUCGUCGCUUACGCUCCAACAUCAAGCUACGAAGAAGAAGAAGUCGAAGCUUUCUAUAUGGACCUGGAGAAGUUCUACCGAGAAGACCAUGCCUUCUACAAGGUCAUAAUUGGCGAUUUCAACGCUAAGGUUGGCCCAAGAAGAACGCCGGAGGAACUUCACAUCGGGACCCACGGCCUACAAUGGAAUGACCAGGAAGAGAGGCUCUCCGAGUUCAUCAUGACGACUAAGACCAUCCAUGGGAACUCGCAAUUCCAGAAGCCCUCCUCUCUACGCUGGACGUGGGAGUCACCCGGUGGAGGGUACCGUAAUGAAAUAGGCCACAUCAUCGUCAAUAAAAGGUUCUGCCUGACGGACGUCGGAGAGCUGAGAAAGCCGCCAAGUUCAGAGAGAGAAAUCCCAGGACUACCAUCAACUGGGAUUUCUUCGCUAGCCGGCUUUUGGAAAGAUUCCGCAAUGGACAACAUCGACGAGGAAUAUGACCAGCUUGUUGAACACCUUCACGACUGCGCGAAGAAGGCUGAGAGUUUUAAAACCACCAAGAGGCGCCUGUCUCUUGAAACUCUUGAGCUGAUACGCCAGCGUGGAGCAGUACGAGCCGCAGGGAACCAAGAACUCACGUCCAAGCUCGAAAGGCUUUACAGAGAGGCAAUAAAGGAAGACCUUAAAGAGAGAAGAGCAGAAGUGCUGGCUGAAGCUGCAGCUGCAGGUGGGAAAAAGCAUCCGCUAUGCCCGUCGGGACUUCGCCAGUCGCAAGACGAGGAUGGCUGCUCUCCGAAACCCAAAGGGAACGGCCAUUGCAUCGAGAAGGGGGAUGGAGAAAAUCAUCUACGACUUCUACUCUGA